CAAGAGCUGUGAUAUAAGAGUCGACGGCUCUUGGUGGGGCCGGCAGGUGCUCUCUAAUGCCGUAGUGUUAGGCUAGAGGAGUUACACGCAGCCUGAGAACUUCUGUGAGGAACUGAAAGCCGUCACUAGCUAUGAUUUUCUUUUUAAAGCCCAGCUGUUUUGAAAUUACAUAGAAAUAUGUUCUCUAUCAGGCAGUGCAAUCUUCUACAUUUUUACAUUUUCCCCUUAGAAGUAUUUGUGUUCUUCCAGAUUAGAUUGCAGUCAACUAAGGCACUAGAAUGGUAUGCGGAGAUUCUGGAGAGAAUGCGCCAUUGCAUUAGAUAGACUUUUGAAUAAACAUGCACAGAAUCAAGGCACAAAGAAGCAUUUUCUGUCGCAAUGGAUCAUCUGUAGGUGCAAAGUGCGUUCUCUGUUUCUUGGCAUCUCCAGUUAAAACUAAUCUGCAUUGGAAGUGAAGUCAGAGACUUAAUUUACUAGAUUCAUAGUCUAACCAACUUCUUUUAGACACCUCCCUGCCUUUCCCCUCAAUCCUGGGGUGGUAGUAGCACCUGCCUAUAAUGAAGAAAUCCAGACACUUAGCGCAGCUGUGAUUGGACAGUGGUGUGCUUGCCCGGCUGAAGAAGAAAAACCUAGCCCGGGUUUGAUUUGUUAAAAUUGCUCUUAAACGUUUAAAAAGACAGCACAACUGCUUGCAAGUCGAUGAAACACUAGGCUUCUACAUUUAACUGAGCGCUGGAUUUGGACUGCGAGGGAGGUCUGAGAGAACAAUCUAAGUAGAUUAAGUAGAUUAACUUUUAUUGCAACCUAAGCGGUGUUUCGUAUGGAUGAUUUUUGGAUGGAAAUCUAAAUCGGCCUCAACAGCAAUACAGUACAGUAGACUACACUGCAAGAGUUGUCAUAACCCACUCUCUCCCAGUCACAGCCUUAUACUCUGCAAAUGUAGGGAUAAAGGACUAUAUUGUAAUUCACACAGUAUACGUUUUUAAAACGUUUUACAACUUGUAAAAAAAAUCAUUUUCUUCACGAAAUAGAAUAUGAAAUGUCAUCGUUGCCUGUUGAACAUGAAAUGUUUUCCUGAGAGGAGUCACGGUGGCUGUCCAGUCAAAGCUACGAGAAAAUUCCGGAUUUAUACGGCCAGUUCCCACUUCUGCAAUUUCAAACUAAUCCCGGAAGUUUCCUCUCAAAACAAUGAAGUGAAUUACUCUAGUGUUUUCCUAUCUCUACUGGGGAAAGUGCAAUUCUAGAUCGGAAAUGCUAAUAUGGACCGCAAUGGGGCGAGAUUCAUCUUUUUCUAUCGCUGUGAAGACAGAUAAUGGUGUCGCCUCAGAGUCUUGCAUGAUCGCAUCUGUGUGGUUCCAGUCCUCUUUAGUUUGCACUGGAAACGAGUGGAAAGCAGUUUAAUUCUGGACCGGAAGAGCCUAUGAGGCUUGUGUUCUGACGCCUAUUUUUCUCGAUGAUGGGGACUAUACAGAUGAACUACACCGCAUUGAAAUACUUUUCAUCAGCGUGGCUAUUUCUGUGGUGUUUGAAUAUGGGCCGUUGGGAAGUAUUACCCACUUAACUUGAUUGGCUGCUGGGUUCCUAACUUGAAGCCUGAUUGGGUAAGAGAACCGGGUUCGAACUGUCGGCGCGCUUUUUUCUUUUCUUCUAUCCGCGCGUGAGACUGAUUUAGGCCGAUUUGGCUGUUCGAUUUGUUUCGCGCAUUUUCUGAUUGGCCAAGCGAAAGCUGCUGCUCGUGCAAUGAUUGGUCAGCCUUGCGUUCCAGGAUCUACGAUAGGCUGAUCUCUGGCAGGUGGUCACUGGGCGCGCGUGUUUGAGCUUCAGUCUGUUUCCGGUAGCCGCGCCGUGAGCUGAACAUGGAUGAGUUGUCUCCGGUGUUUGUUCCCUCCUGGGAGUUUCAUUUGCCUUUGUCUCCUGCCGAUUUACUUCGCAGUGCUGGGUCCUCUCAAUAUGUGGUGCAGGAGGUCCUGUCUCUCAAACAGCUCCCGGGGCAGCUGGCAGCAUUCCGGAUAGUGUUCAGAACACAAGGAGCUCUUGCAAUCCUGCAGCACUUCGAUACACUGUUCAGUAUCCUACACCACUUCAGAAGCGUGGAUGCUGAUAUUAAAGAGGAUGCUCUAGAACUGAUGAUGAAAGUUGUGACCAGCCACUCCAGUGCCCUGGCGUCCAUCUUGGAUGAUGCUGAGCUGGUAUCCUCCCUUCGUGCUCUUCACCUUAACGCUCUCAAGAUGAACUGUUACGUGCUAGCACGGAUAGUCGAGGCUUUUGAAACGGAAUCUGGCAAGAACAGUCUGGUGGGGCUGGAUUCCAAGAGGAAGAGCAAGAAGAGCCUAGCUAAAAGCUUUCUCUGGGAGGAGGAAAGACAGCCAGUCAUACAAUUGCUCACACAGCUGCUGCAACUGGACCUUCACCGACUGUGGAAUGGCUUGAUAGUGGAGGAAGAAUUCAUCAGUUUAGUGACGGGCUGCUGCUACCGCAUCCUGGAAAAUCCUAACAUGGGCCGCCAGAAGCAUCGGCCUACACGAGAGGCAGCGAUUCAUCUACUAGGUGUGGCUCUGCUACGAUAUGACCAUAUGCUCAGUGCCACUCUGAAGGUCACACAGAUGCUUCAGCAUUUUGAACACGUGGCUCCAGUGUUUGUGGAGGCUGUGGGUGUGUGGAUCAAAGAGUAUGGCAUGAAGAGCAUUGUGGGGGAGUUACUCAGGGAGAUUGGACAAAAGUGCCCUCAGGAGCUGGCCCGAGACACGGCGGGGGUGAAGGGCUAUGCUUCCUUCCUUGCAGAACUGGCUGAGCAAACACCAGCCGUUGUGCUGGCCAACAUCAGUGUCCUGCUGCAUCACCUGGAUGGAGAGAGCUAUGGGAUGCGCAAUGCCAUUUUGGCUGCCAUGACCGAGAUGCUGCUGCAGGUGCUCAAUGGAGAACAGCUGGAGGACACUGCCAGAAGCACACGGGAUCAGUUCCUGGAUACCUUGCAGGCGCACACGUGUGAUGUCCAUGGUUUUGUUCGCAGUCGUGUACUGCAACUCUUCACCCGGAUUGUGCAGCAAAAAGCCCUGCCCUUGACUCGAUUCCAAGCUGUGGUGUCCCUGGCUGUGGGCCGGCUUCAGGACAAAUCCGUAACUGUGGUCAAGAAUGCAAUUCAACUGUUGGCAGCCUUCCUUUCCAACAAUCCUUUCUCUUGUAAGCUGAGCUGCACAGACUUAACUGAGCUGCUUAAGAAGGAGAAGCAAAAGCUUCAGGAAAUGAAGAACCAGCGCAGAACUACAGCAGUGGUGGUGAUCCCCCCCGAAGAGGAGUGGGAAGCAAUGCAGCCAGAGCUCCGGGCAACCUUGAAGAGCUGCCUUUGCUCACAGCAGCAAGAGGAGGAGGAAGAGGAGGAGAAGCUUGAGACAGAGGGCCUAGCACAGUUGUCAAACAACAUUCUCAAUCUGUUGAGAAAAUCCAAUUACAAGAAUGCUAUCCAUCUGGUGCAAAGAGCUGUACACCAGUUCCAAGGAGAGGAGCCCUUCGCUAGCAGCUCAAGAAUGGAGGGUAGCGAAGAAGAUAUUAUCCUGAAUGUCUUGAAAACACUUUACAUAGGUUCCCAGACAGAGCGUGUUGCCACUGAAUCCACAGAAGGCACAGAAACUGCUGACACUGAAGAGCAAGUGCCAGAGGGGGAGGAGCAACAGCCACCAACAGAGUUAGCAAAACAGGAGAUGCUUGUCCAGUAUUUGCAGGAUGCCUACAACUUUUCUGCAAAAAUCACAGAAGCCUUGAGCAUGGUUUCCAAAAUGAUGUAUGAAAGCUCGGUCUCUGUGGUACAAGAAGCCAUUGAAUUUUUUGUGAUAGUCUCGCAGUUUGGUGUCCCUCAGGCGGUCCUUGGAGUCCGUCGAAUGCUGCCCCUCAUAUGGUCCAAGGAGCCAGGAGUCAGAGAAGCUGUGCUGGAUGCCUACAGGAGGCUCUACCUGAGCCCUAGUGGAGACUCUGAAAGGACUCGAGCCCAGAGCUUGAUACAGUCUCUCUCCCUUCUUAUGGUGGAUGCAUCACUGGGGACUAUUCAGUGCCUUGAAGAAAUUAUCUCAGAGUUUGUGCAAAAACAUGAAAUAAAAGCUGCCGUGGUCCAGCUGCUCUGGGAAAGGUUUACAGAGAAAUCCCAGUGCUCUGCGCUGGAGCGCCAUGCGGCCAUCAUGCUCCUGGGAAUGAUGGCACGAGGGAAACCUGAGAUUGUGGGCAGCAACCUGGAUGUUCUGAUAACAGUGGGGCUUGAUGAGAGAGUCCACGAAGAUUAUCGCCUUGCCCAGGAAGUGUGUAAUGCCAUCUCCAAAAUUGCCAGUAGCCGGAAGGCUGGCCUGGGCAAAAGCAGUACUCCCUUCCGGCUCCCACAGUCACACCUGCUCUUUGAGCAUCUCAGCCAAGCCAUAUGUGCAGGCUUUGCCAGAUCCAGUGCCCACUGGAUCCCCUUCACAGAGACAGCGGUUGCCCUCAUUUAUCAGUUGGCAGAAGGGCCGGAGGAAAUCUGUGGCCAGGUCUUGCAGCGCUGCAGCCAACAGGCCUUGGAGAGUUUGCAGGAGUCUGAAGGGGUUAGCACAGAGCCAGGGUCUCCUCCCAGUGGAGUUGCUGGUGGCUCCAGCACGAUUGAUACCCUAGUGCUGACACAUCUGGUCUCGCUUGUGGGGGAUGUGGCCUUUCAACAGCUUGUCCAUCUGGAGCUGUCUGUCAGCACAGAGCUGCGCAGGCGCCGGGUCCUUGGGGAAGAGCAGGAAGCAAAGAAACAGACUGCAAGCAAUACAAAGGCACAGAACAAAAAGAGUACUGGGAAUGAGACCACUAUGGAAGAGGAUCUCGGCUUGGUUGGCGCUUCUGCCGAGGACACGGAAGCGGAGCUCAUCCGCACCAUUUGUGAGACGGAGCUGUUGGAUGGAAAACAGCUCCUUUCUGCCUUUAUUCCCCUGGUGCUCAAGAUUUGCAACAACCCGGGACUCUACAGUGAUCCAGCGCUCUCAGCUGCUGCUGCAUUGACCCUUGGCAAAUUCUGCAUGAUCAGUGCAGAAUUUUGUGACGCUCAGCUGCGGCUCUUCUUCACAAUGAUGGAGAAAUCCUCCCUCCCUAGUGUGCGUGCCAACCUCAUGAUUGCAGCUGGAGACUUGGCCAUCCGCUUCCCAAACCUGGUGGAGCCCUGGACCCCUCACCUCUAUGCUAGGCUGCGGGACCCAUGUCGGCAUGUCAGGCAGACAGCUGCUUUGGUGAUGACUCACCUGAUCCUGAAGGACAUGGUAAAAGUGAAGGGGCAGGUGAGCGAAAUGGCAGCUCUCCUCAUUGAUCCCGAGGAGGAGAUUGUGGGGCUGGCUCGGAACUUCUUCACCGAACUCGCUAGCAAGGAUAAUGCUGUGUACAACUUGCUCCCGGACAUCAUCAGCCGUCUCUCUGAUCCAGACUCUGGCGUAGAGGAGCAGCCUUUUCGCACUAUUAUGAGGCAGCUCUUCUCCUUUAUCACAAAGGACAAGCAGACGGAAAGCUUGGUGGAAAAGCUUUGUCAGCGGUUCCGGACUGCCCGAACAGAGCGACAGCACCAUGACCUGGCUUAUUGCCUGACCUUGCUUCCUGUCUCCGAACGAGGUCUCCGUAAGAUGCAAGACAACUUUGACUGCUUUGCUGACAAACUUCAGGAUGUGGCUGUCUACAACUGCUUCCUUGCUGUUCUGGGGAGAAUCCGCAGGGUGGGCAAGCCAGAGAUGAAGGCUCUUAUUGAGGAAUUUGAGCAGAAGCUCCAGGUAUGCCACAGUAGGGGUCUGGACCUGUCUGCAGAAGCUCCCAGGGAAUCCUUAUCUCAAGAAGGCAGAAAUACACCUGUGCUCCAUCCAGCAAAGAAAGUGGCAGCAAGCUCACGGCGGCGCAAACCCUUGCGUGCAGCCAACAGAGAGUCGGACUCUUCUUUCAUCACUCCGGAGCCCCAUGUUUCCAGACCCCACAGGAAGACUUCAAGACCAAAAGUUUCCGUUGUUUUCUCCAGUGAUGAGGAGAACAGCCCAGAGGAAGAUCUCUGUGCUGAACUGAUGGAGGAGGAGACACCUAGCAAAACGACUCCCAUUUCCCGUGCAUCAGCCCGCCGUGCUCGCUGAUGAUGUUGCCCUUUUGUAGACUGAUUCUUAGUGCUUAACAGAAUAAAAUACUCUCUGGUUUGGAAGAA